UUACUUAACACACAAAAAUGUGUACAUUGAAUGAUCCUAUAUAAGUUGAAAAAUCACUUCAUUUUACCAGUCAUUUGUCAAUUUACUCUUCAAGAUAACACAUGUAAUAACAUUAGCUCUACUCUGUGCCUGACUGCAUUGACAAUUUUAGGUAGAAGGUAACUACUCGUUCAAAAUGACCGCCACUAGUAUUCUGACGAUGGUCACUUUUACUGCUGUUAUACUAAGUCAAAUCUCAAAAUGUAUGCUGUCGGCAAAUGAUUGCAACGCCAAUAGUGUCAAAGCGAAAUGUAAAAAGCUAACCAUCUUCGAAAUCUCAGAAGAUUACUCUAGGGAGGAUGAACCUUUCUGCAAUUUGACUAUCCCAGUAUGGGCUCAAGACAUAUUCGACUACUUUAACAACCGUACCGGUAAAAAAAAUAGAACAGACAAGGAGUGUAAAGAAGACAAGGAGUGCUUAAAAGUUGCGACCAAGCAAUUGUUGAGGAUGUUGAUGUAUUCAUUAAAUGACUUGCCUUGCUCCAACCAGAAUGGACUCGACUCGACGAAGUUCAGUACAGACGUCAUCAAUGCCUUCCAUACAUUUCCUCCACCAACGCAUCCCACGUAUAUCGAUUUAGCUUGUAGUUUGAACGAGAAAUGGAAAAUUGACACAUUGGAACAGGCAUUGUAUAUUAUGGAUUGUAUACUCCGUCCAAGCAUGUUACACGAGUUCAACAUAUGCGACAUCGUAUAGUAAACUAAGAGAUUCAUACUACCCAUCAUUUGAUUUUCUUUUCUAUAUAUGUAUCCUGUAUAGUCUGUUAUAUUUAUGGGUAAUAAAUGAAAGAAAUAAAGAAAGAAAGAAAGAAAGAGAUGGACUAUUGUAUGUUGUAAAUUGAAUAUAUCAUAAACUUACAAUAUUGUGAUAUUAUCUUCAUAUUUGUGUAUACCUUAUACUUCACAUAACCUAAAGAUAUUAUAUUUUUGGCUUAAAGAACGCACGCCCAUAUACUCAAUUUUCCCAGCUUUACCGACACAGCGCAAAGUAUUAUGGUCGUAUCGUGGUACGGUACACCAUCUUACUAUUUACAAUAAGCUUGUGUCUAAACUUUAUUGUGACAUUAGAAUAUUUGUUUUAUUUUACCAAAGUCAAACAUUGAGCAUUACGUUUUUGCUUUAUUAUUGUUAAUUAGAAAUUCGCAAUUGAUUAAACCACUGACUGUAACAUCAACCAAGGACAUUGUUUCCCAAGUGUCGUGGUAAUAUUCUGUGUUUUUUUAUGCUAUAAAAUACGUCGAAUCACUAAAUAAAAUUAUUCCUUCGGAUACCUCGUCUUGUCCUUUAAGAUUCUUAAGAAGAGGUCAUAUCAUAUUGAUAUCUCAUUUCAUGUGUUACGCUUCAAAAACUAGUGUUGUACUGGUAUACCAUAAAGUGCGAAAUUUCCUCCAAUCGAAUUUCCAAAGUCAAUUGAUUUCGCACACUACGCUAUGCCAAUAAAACACUAGUAUUCGAAUUAUACACUUUAAACAGGGAUCAAUUAGGCUAUGAUGCUUAUUUAUUUAUUCUUACGAUGAGUCAUACGUGGAUCCACAUCAACAACAUCGAUU